AUGGGCCAGUUUAAGUACCUUGGAGGGGCACGAGCAGGUGACGGAACCAUCUAUGGCAUUCCGGGCCACGCGAAGCAAGUCUUGCGCAUAACGCCCUCGACUGGAGAGAUCCGGCAUAUCGGACCCAGGAUGGACGGCAAAUUCAAGUGGCUUAGGGGCGUCCUUGCUGGAGACGGCUGCAUCUAUGGCAUCCCUUCCCAUGCCGACACUGUGCUGAAGAUCGUUCCCAGCACAGGAGAGGUACUUCAGCUUGGGCACGUGCCUAGCGGCCGAUGGAAGUGGCACGGCGGUGUGCUGGGCACGGAUGGUGCGAUCUACGGCAUCCCUUGCAAUGCUCGAGGGGUGCUCAAGAUCGUGCCGGAGACUGGUGAGGUGAGCAUUCUUGGAGACCUUCCCGAGGGCCCCAACAAGUGGUACGGUGGGCUGCCGGGCGACGACGGCGCCAUCUAUGGCAUCCCUUACAAUGCUCGGCAGGUGUUGAAGAUCGUGCCGGAGACCGGCGAGGUCUCGACCAUGGGCUCCUUGCCCGAGGGCAAAUGGAAGUGGCAUGGUGGCGUAGUCGGCCCGGACGGUGCAGUAUAUGGGAUCCCCUCUCAUGCGCGCAGCGUGCUGAAGAUCGUCCCAAAGACAGGCGAAGUGUCGCUACUCGGGGAUUUUACCUCGAUGCCCUACAAGUGGGGCGGCGGCGCUGCGUCGGACGGCGCUGUGUAUGGUUUUCCUAGCAACCAUGAUGCCGUGUUGAAGAUCAACACUACUACCGAGGAGGUCUCGCUGCUGGACGGGUUCCGCCAACCUGGCAACUCGAAAUGGCAAGGAGGAAUGCGGGCCAAAGACGGUGCGAUAUAUGCUGUGCCCGACCGUGCGAAGGAAGUCCUGCGGCUCUCACCCGCGGAGGACCGCGCAGAGGUGGUCGGCGGCCCCUUCGAAGGAUGGUUCAAGUGGCAAGGAGCAGUCAUGGCCGAGGACGGCACCAUUUACGGCCUACCUAACCGGGCGAAAACAGUGCUGCAGAUUCGUCCAGAACCCGCCUAG